AAAUUAGAAAUAAGUCAACAACAACUUCACCUUAUAUAUUAUAUUCCACCUUUGGUCAACUUUACUUAACUUAAACCCAAGAAUUAACUAAUUAUUUACUUUAUUUAUGUUUACGAUACGUUAAAAAGUAUACAUAUUUUUCUAACUAAUAUUUUAUCAUAAGCUAAUCAUGCCACUAACUGGUAUAAAAUUAGUAACAUUUGAUGUGACAAAUACAUUGUUAAAGUUUCGCAAACCUCCAUGGGAACACUAUGCUAAUGUAGCUAAAAAGUAUGGUUUUAACGGUGAAGGUAUAAGCAUUAAAAAUAAAUUAUUGAAUAACUAUAACCUUAUGUCAAGACAGUAUCCUAAUUUCGGAAAAGACUCCAUUUCGUGGCAGCAGUGGUGGGGCAAAAUCAUUGAGAUGACCUUUCAAGGCGAACUCCCUCCUGGUGCAAAUAUUGAUAUGAUUUCUGAAAAACUUAUUAAUGACUAUAAAACACCAAAUUGCUGGCAAAUAGCAGAAGGAAGUGAAGAUUUAAUUAGAUUAUUUAAACAAUUUAAUGUUACAAUUGGAGUAAUUUCAAACUUUGAUCCUCGUCUACAUGAAAUUCUAUUAAAUUUAAAUAUUAAUAAGUAUUUCGAAUUUAUAUUAACAUCUUAUGAAAUAGGAAUUUGUAAACCUGAUAAAAAAAUUUUUGAAAUUGCUCAAGCUAAAUGUAACAACUGUACCAAACCAUCGGAAUGCCUACACAUUGGGGAUGAUAUCAGUAAAGAUUAUGAAGGUGCUAAAGGAGCAGGGUGGCACGCUUUACUAAUUACGAAUGAACUGAAUUCCGUAAAGCCACAAAUGUUAACUAAAUCAGUUUUUAAUUUAAAAGAUCUAUGUACAUCAAUAGAAAAUAAUAAAUUAAAUUUAUCAUCUUAAAUAUUAUUUUAGAUGCUUUUAAUCUAGUAUUACUUUACCUUAUUUUAACUAUUUCUUUCAUACUAUUGUUACUGAUGUAGUAAUUUUUAAGAUAAGACCUGGAAACAGAAAACAUAAAAAAAAAUUUUAGAAACCCUUUUAUUGAUUGCCGUCAAACAGUAAUAGUAGUUAUUUAAAAAAUAUUACAAAAGAAAACUAAGAAAAUUUAAACCCUUUUAAAAUACACGAAAGCUUUUUACUGUUUGUCAUCUUCUUAGUGUUUGUAUAAACACCUAAAAUAAGAUUUAUUCAUAAUAAUAAGAAUUUGAAUUUGUUUUUACAAUCAAUAAAUAUUUAUUAGAAAAAAAAGAUGAAUAUUAUUUACAAAAUAUAGUUAAAUUUAAACUAAAUAAUAGAACCAGGAUCAUGACCUUUUAUAUCCUGUUGAAGUAUUAUAGGUUUCUAGUAAAUUGUAGGUACUAAAAAAUGUGUAUUUGUUGAAUUUAGAAUAUUUCUAUAUUACCUACCUAAAAUUUCCUAAUUUAUCUCAACUAAUGUUUUUAUGUAAAUAAAAGACAUGAUAUGAUAA